UGACCAAGAAGCAGAACUUUGAACUUGAACAAAGCAGCUUCAAAGGACCAAGGUGAACCAAGCGGGUCUGCUGACUGAUUCCUGAAGAGAAGGAGCAAGGGAACAGAUUGACUCCCUGGUUUUCAUGGGGGAAGGCCCAUCGUAACUUCCUUCCUCAGCGUCUCCUUCUUACCGAUCCUGUGGAGAUGAAAAUUGACAUCCAUAGUCAUAUCCUACCAAGAGAAUGGCCAGAUUUGAAAAAGAGAUACGGCUAUGGAGGCUGGGUGCAGCUUCAACACCACAAAGAGGGAGAAGCAAAGAUGCUGAAAGAUGGGAAGGUCUUCAGAGUGGUCAAGAAGAACUGCUGGGAUCCAGAUGUCCGAAUUAGAGAGAUGGACCAAACAGGGGUGACCGUGCAAGCCCUUUCCACAGUUCCCGUUAUGUUUAGCUACUGGGCUAAACCUCAGGACACUUUAGACCUGUGCCAGCUUUUAAACGAUGACCUGGCAGCCACUGUGGCGCGCUACCCCCGGAGGUUUGUGGCUCUGGGGACCUUGCCCAUGCAGGCCCCUGAGCUGGCCGUCAAGGAGAUGGAGCGCUGCGUGAAGGAGCUAGGCUUUCCAGGGAUUCAGAUCGGCUCCCAUGUCAACCAGUGGGACCUGAACGCGCAGGAACUCUUUCCGGUCUACGCGGCAGCGGAAAGACUCAACUGCUCCCUGUUUGUGCAUCCCUGGGACAUGCAGAUGGAUGGACGGAUGGCCAAGUACUGGCUCCCUUGGCUAGUAGGAAUGCCAACAGAGACCACCAUGGCCAUUUGCUCGAUGAUCAUGGGUGGUGUGUUUGCGAAGUUUCCUAAACUGAAAGUGUGUUUUGCGCAUGGAGGUGGUGCUUUCCCCUUCACAGUGGGAAGAAUCUCCCAUGGAUUCAGUAUGCGCCCAGAUUUAUGUGCCCAAGACAACCCAACCAACCCAAAGAAAUAUCUUGGCUCCUUUUACACGGACUCCUUGGUUCAUGAUCCUCUGGCCCUCAAACUGUUAACAGACAUCAUCGGAAAGGACAAAGUUAUCUUGGGAAGUGAUUAUCCUUUCCCACUUGGUGAGCUGGAACCUGGAAAACUAAUAGAAUCCAUGGAAGAAUUUGAUGAAGAAACAAAAGAUAAACUCAAAGCUAAAAAUGCCCUAGCAUUUUUGGGUCUUGAGCAGAAACUAUUUGAAUGAUGGAAUUUACUACAAACUCUCAAGAAGAUAGUCGAGUUCUGUUUCAAAGUGUGUGUUGCAUAUUCAUUACUAAAACCCUUUUAAAAAUAGUUCACCCAGAAAUAGACUAUCCACAGAUAUCCAAAAUGAUUUGUAAUGAAAAUGAUUCACAAGUGUUUUAUUCUGAAAAGCAGUACAUCAUUUCACAGGUGAAUAACAAGAUUUUCUUAGAACAUUUUAAAAUAGUUUGGCAGAAAUAAUAAAGUGUCAUUAACGAUUUAUAUGGGGGGAAAGAUUAAAACCAGACUUAUAGUAGAGGGCUCAGGUACGUUGUUUAAUUUGAGCAACUACAUGUGAAUUGCACCCCAAAUCACAACACUUUCCAUUAGCCUAGAACUGGUCAGAGAAUCCUUAGAUUCCACAAAAUAAGUGAUAUAUAUAUUCCAUAACCUCAAGGAGCUUAUAGUCCCAUUAAGGCAGUUACUUAGGUAAUAAGACACAUAUUUAUGGAAUAAUUAUACAGCAUGAUUUUUUUUUUAAGUUCCAGUAAGAGGAAUUCAACUGGCGCUCAGACUGUGGGGCUGAGUUUCAGAAAUGGUGUAAGUUGGGCAGAGUAGAGGAUGAAUAAGGUUAUUUUAGGGGUGCAGGGUGGAAAAAGGAUAGGAAGACAUAACUGUGGGAAUAAGCAUUGCACAUUGAAUGACACAUCUGCUCUAGAGAAAUGCUCAAGUCUUAAAUGUAUGUUUAUCAGAAACCUGUGAAUUUCAAAUACUAAGCAGAAUUUGUAGAAGUAGCUGGUUCUAUCUACUUCAUUGAUAGCCCCACUGGGCUGCUGAAAAUGAACAUCGUGUCCUGCAAAAAUGUGAUGAACAUGAAUGGCUCCGAUGCCUCUAGUUGAAACCCAAAAUCAAAUACGAUUUUUCAAAAUCAA